GAGUCGGCCAAGGUUUCUGAACUAAAUCCUAAUGCAAAAGUAUGGGGGAAUCAUAUGUUACAUGUGGAAGCAAGCGGGGCUAAUGAUGGCGGCGUGAGCAAAACCUGGGAAGAAAUAGCAGAUCAUCCACCAGAUUCCUGCAAAGAAGGGUUGGAGGCCAACGGUGAUGGUGACAAAAAGCACCAGAAUGAAUCGUUAACAGAACUGCAGGAACCAUCACUGUCAGCAUCCACACUGUCAGACCAGACAGAUAUGGAAACCCUUGUGCAUCUUAGAUCAUUCAGAAGUAUGAAUCUUAUACACGGAAAAACACUCAGACCAGGAGGUAAAGAACAGCUGCAGUCAGAAGGUCAAGAAGACUUGCGAGAAGUACUGAAAAAAACACUGGAGUUCUGUUUAUCUAGAGAGAAUCUUGCCAGUGACAUGUACCUUAUAUCUCAGAUGGACAGUGAUCAGUAUGUGCCAAUAAUGACAGUAGCAAACCUUGAUCACGUCAAGAAGCUGAGUACUGAUAUGGAUUUGAUUGUUGAAGUGCUGCGAUCAUUGCCUUUAGUCCAAGUGGACGAGAAGGGUGAAAAAGUCAGGCCAAACCAGAAUCGCUGCAUUGUGAUUUUACGUGAAGUACCUGAAUCUACUCCAAUUGAAGAGGUCGAAGCACUCUUCAAGGGAGAUAACUUGCCUAGGUUCAUCAACUGUGAGUUUGCCUAUAAUGACAACUGGUUUAUUACAUUUGAGUCGGAAGCAGAUGCACAGCAGGCUUAUAGAUACCUUAGAGAAGAAGUGAAAACCUUCCAAGGAAAACCAAUUAAGGCAAGAAUAAAAGCAAAGGCUAUAGCUAUAAACACAUUUUUGCCAAAGAAUGGAUACAGACCUCUGGACAUGAACAUCUACACACAGCGUUAUACAACAUCAUUUUACAUACCUCCAGUAUACAGCCCCCAACAGCAGUUUCCACUGUACAGCUUAAUUGCCCCACAGACGUGGUCAACAACACAUAGCUAUCUUGAUCCAUCACUGGUAACACCGUUUCCCAAUACUGGAUUUAUCAAUGGUUUUACAUCUCCUACUUUCAAGCCUACUACUUCUCCACUGACUUCACUCAGGCAGUAUACACCCAGAAGCAGGCAAGUUCUGGAGAUAAGUUUUCAUCUUUUGCACUGUUAAGUUAUAUCUGUCGUG